AAUAAACUUCCGGUUAAUUUCUGAAAAAUAAGAGAUUAUCAUGGUUAUGGGGUACAGUGUGUAUUCUUGAGAUUGUUUUUGUAAAAAUAUAUUAACUUAUGUUGUGAAAACAGUGCAGUCAUGGAGAAUGGUAAUGGUUUGGUAUUGGUAGAGUCUCAGCAGAGUAGGAGCUCAAGUCUUAUUGACUCAAAUAUUUCACAGACCAGCGAGCAAGGGGAUGGUGUCACAUCAAAUAAUAAUCUAUUUAUAGACAAAGACAGAGCCCAUAACUUUCUUAGAGGGUUUUCAAAACUAUACCGUAACAAAGAAUUUGUUGAUGUAGUACUUUCAGUUGAUGGGAAAGAUUUUCCCUGCCAUAAAAAUGUCUUGGCAAUAUCCAGUCCUUUUUUCAUGGCAAUGUUUUCAACAGAUAUGGCUGAAAGCCACCAAGAUAAGAUUGCACUACAUGAGAUUGACUCCUUAACAAUGGAGUUAGUGUUAGAUUAUAUAUAUACAGGACAAGUGAGCUUAUCAGAAGAUACCGUACAACAUUUAUUGUCUGCGUCAAACAGGUUUCAGUUGUUAUCGUUACGUACAGGAUGUGCUGAAUUCAUGAUGAAUCAUAUUACCGUUGUUAAUUGUAUUGGUGUAUAUUUUUUUGCCAAAGCACAUGAGUGUGAGAUUUUAGCUUUAAAAGCAAAAGAGAUUAUAAAUAGUCAGUUUUCAGUAUUAUGUAAACAGCAAGAAUUUUUAUCUCUUCCUGCCGAUAAACUUGUUGAGAUUGUCAGUGAUGAUGACAUUAAUGUUACAGUAGAAGAGACAGUUUUUGAGGCAUGCUUAGAAUGGGUAAUGACAGAAAAGGAAAAAAGGCAAAAUCAUCUAAUGGAGAUCAUGAAUUGUGUAAGGUUUGCAAAUAUUACUUCAUAUUAUUUCUGUGAUAAAAUUGAUCCAAACACUUUACUGAGGAGUUGUGAAUCAUUACGGAACACAUUAGAUAUUGUCCGAUACUACCACAUGUUACGAAAUAGACAACAGGAAAUGGAUCUGAACUUAAUGCCAAGACAAGGCAUGUUAUAUGAAAGGGGAGUAAUGAUCAUAGCUAAUCCUUACACUGAAGAUUCACUGAAGAAAUUCAAUAGCAUGGAGUUACUACUGCCAAAGACAGGAGAAGUCAUUUCUAUAUGUAAACUCCCACAAAGUUUGUAUACUCCAGGUUGUGCAAUAACAGGAGAAAAUCAGGUUUAUUUAGCUGGAGGUGCUAUACGGAAGAUUAACUACAGAGGUUCUGUCACAACAGAGGGUGUAUCCAACAACUUCUAUAUGUUUGAUCAGCUAGAAUGUUCCUGGCAGACAAAAGCCAAAAUGAAUAUGUGUAGAUCACAGUUCUCACUCACAGUUGUUGAUGGGUACAUGUUUGCUAUUGGAGGUCAAGAUGGAACUGAAAUUCUUAGCAGUGUUGAACGAUAUGACCCACACUCCAAUGCCUGGAUGCUAGUGGCACCUCUACCAAAGGCCCUUAGAUUUAUGACAGCCUUGAGUUACAGAGGAAGGUUGUAUGUUUUUGGAGGGGAGUCGUCCACAGAUGUUAGUAACUCGGUGUAUAGGUAUGAUCCAACAGAAGAUACAUGGACGGAGUUACCUCCCAUGAAUAUAGCCAGAGUUCUAGCUGGGAGUGUUGUAUAUAAAGACAAGAUCUAUGUUAUUGGUGGAAAUUCAGCAUUAAGUGAGAAAUGGAAGAGAGAGUUUUUACCAGAACAUUGUGUUAGUUCUGUAGAAAUAUUUGAUCCAGAAAGCCAGACUUGGAGUCCAGGACCAGAACUUCCAAAUGCUUUAUGUGGAGCUGGAAUCGUGAAAUAUGGAAACACAAUAUUGAUUGUUGGUGGAGAAGAUGACAAAAGCUGGAUGGCAGGACUUUGUUGGUUAAAAGAAGAGAAAGGACGACAGACAUGGGCUGAAGGACAAGAACUACCUACUGUCAUGAGUACAUUUGGUUGUGUUGUAGCUAACAUACACCAUGAGGCACCAAAGAAUCAGUGAUGUUGUUGAUUAAAAUAGGUCUUGUUGUAGAUGAGGACAAGAUUGCUCUGAUAUCUGACAGACUUUUUAGGACUUAUUUUGGUUGUGGGACGUAAGAGCACAUUCCAUAUCGAAAACAUGAUGAACAUUGCUGACCCAAAUGUAAGGAACCAAGUUUCCAUCUUGAUAUGGUAAAAUAUCCAUUUUCAAGUAAAUAAUUCAUGCAUUAACCAAUUUUUUAUUAAUUUUACUCCAGGAAUAUGUAAGUUUUAUAAACAUACACACCACCAAGUCUGGUUGGCAAUUACCAUGUUUUCAAUAUGGACUGCACUCUCAUGUCCCACAGCCCCAAAAAUUCUUAAAAAAAGGACUGUCAGAAGGCAAAGCAAAUCAGACUAGUUGUAGAUUACAUACAUCAUGAUGAUUUAAAUUAUCAUUACUGCCAUAUUUAUACUGUUGUUUGGCAGCUAUAGAGAAUUUCAGUAUUUUAGGACUUUCCUAGUUUAUUUUUGUGAGAAGUAAAAUUUUUAAUGAAUUUCAUUCAGUUUUUUCAUAUUCGGAUUCCUCUUGUUUUCUUCAUGCAGUGCCAUUAAAAAUUUUGCCCACUAAACCCUACUUUUCUUGUCAUAAUUUUCAUACAUAUAGUUUAAAAAGCUAUUUUUCAAAAUUUUAUGAAAUCCUUGUUAUUUUUUCAUAGUUUUAGAAAGAAAAAAGGUACCAAUGUUAAAUGUAUGAAAAAUCUAGAGAGAUUCAUUUCAUGCCAAAUUUUCAAUGGCUUAUAUCUCAAAAACAAGGACAAGGUCCUUUCAUUUUUUUCUGCUUUUUUAAGUUCCGUUAUUUAUAUACUUUCAAUUUAUUAUCGUCUUUUAAAAAGCUUGUUAUUUUGAAACAGAGUAGCAAACAUCCUUAAUUAACUAAUGUUCACAACAAUUGUU